AUGUUGCACCGAUACACCACUUUUUGGGGGUAUGCGAGUAUCGGAUACGACAUCGAUACGCCACGUGGCAUAUGGUCACGAUACGGUCUCGAUACGGCGCCGAUACGUCUGGGGACAGAACAUACGCCAAACAAAAGAGAAGAAGAAGAAGAAGGACCUAGCUGUCGCUCGCACCCAACGCUGCCGCAGCUGAAGGUUUCUUCUUCGCAGUUGAAGGUUUCUUCUUCGCAGCUCAAGAUAGAGAUGAAGUGGUGGAUUAUGGGUGAAAGUGAGGACCUUCAACAUGUGUGUGAAGAUUUGGGCAAGCGAUAA